GUUCCAUUCUUGUAAACAUCUCUGCAUGUGUUAGUGUUGUUGUUCAUUUGAAACUCAAUAGUACAUAAUAGUAAGAUGUUUAUUUUAGAAUUAGGAUCUACAAAGCAAAUCAAUUCCGUGAUUAUUGAUUUUUUUCGUAAGAAACAUGUGAAGGACAUUGUGUGGAAGGAAGAACUCGAGUCGUUAGAAGUACAAAAAGAACUCCUAGCGAAAACCGUGAAUUCCAAGCUAGUUUUAGAAUGCCAUAUCGAUAUUUCCUAUCAGAGAAGGUUUCUGAAAUGCUUGAUGCAUUAUUUGGAUACCAUCAAUGCUACUAUUGAUGAAACGUUAUACAAAGCUUUCGGUCGUUUGUAUAGUGGAAAGGAAGAAAAAUAUUAUCACGUGUUUUAUCCUAUUUUCGAAAUUGACAAACUCGAUUCACUCACUGAAGUCAAUACUAUAAUUCUGAAGGAGAGCAUCAAUAUUAUAUCGAACGGGACAACAGGAUUGAUCACUUGGCAGGCCUCCCAAGCUCUUGCAGAUUGGGCCAUCAAAACAUCAUUGGAAAAUAAGACAAUUCUCGAGUUGGGCUCAGGAGUUGGCUUAGCAGGACUUGCCGUCUCCUCCUUAACUCCAUGUAAUAAGUAUAUCUUCACAGACUGCCACUCAGACGUUCUUUCUUUACUCAAAUAUAAUGUGAAACACAAUUGUGAUGAAAUCCUUGUGGAUGAAAAGAAUCCCGAAGAAGACAUGAUAUUUAGUGGUUCGGUCAAGGAUUGCAAAGUAGAAGUCAGAAAACUAGACUGGGAAUGGCUAAGAGAAGGAAUCUGCAACGAAAUAGGCCCUGUUGACCUGAUUUUUGCAGCAGAUGUCAUAUAUGAUGAGUUCCUUCAUUUACCCCUAAUAAAUACAAUAAGAAUGUUCCUUGAGAAUGGUACCAAGGCAGCUAUUAUAGCAUUCGUAGAAAGGAAUGAAGAAACUGUGCGAGUAUUUCGAGAAAAAUUAGCGACGAUGGAUCUUAAAAUCAAAGAUUUGGAAAUAGUGGAACCUAACUACUUGAGCUGGAAAACACCACCUAUUAUUCAUAUAAUUGAAGUUACUAUACACUAGUAAAAUAAAAAGUUGUACAUUUUUGUAUUUUUCUAUAAAUUUUUACAAAAAAUUUAUACCAGUUUGUAUCACAA